AUGGCCUCACCAAUCGCUUCGGCGGCCCUCAAGGCCCGCGUACGCCGCCCUUCCAUGCUCAAGAAGCUGACCCAACCCGAUAAGCUCCUUCAGCACUUCCCCAAUGGCGCGUACAUCGGCUGGUCUGGCUUCACCGGUGUCGGCUACCCCAAGAAGAUGCCCACCUACCUCGCCGAUCACGUCGAGCAGAACAACCUCCAGGGAAAGUUAAAGUACUCACUAUUCGUGGGCGCCUCAUCCGGUGCUGAGACGGAAGACCGUUGGGCUGGUCUCGACAUGAUUGACCGCCGAAGCCCCCACCAGGUCGGCAAGUCCAUCGCCAAGGGCAUCAACGAGGGUCGCAUUUCAUUCUUCGACAAGCACCUGUCCAUGUUUCCCGUCGAUCUCAUGUACGGCUUCUACACCAAGGACAGGCCAAACGACAAACUCGACGUUGUCGUCGUCGAAGCGACCGACAUUAUGGAAGACGGUAGCAUCGUUCCAGGUGCCUCCGUCGGCGCCACGCCCGAGCUCAUCCAGAUGGCCAACAAGAUCAUCAUCGAGGUCAACACAUCGCUGCCCAGCUUUGAGGGCCUACACGACAUCACCAUGACUGAGCUUCCCCCCAAGCGCAAGCCUUACCUUAUCAUGGGUGUCGAGGACCGAAUCGGCUCCACAUCCAUUCCUAUUGACCCGGAAAAGGUCGUGGGCAUCAUCGAGUCCGAUUACCAGGACCAGACGUCCCCCAACACACCCGCCGAUGCCGGCAGCAAAGCUAUCGCCGACAACUUGAUUGAGUUCUUCGAGCACGAGGUUUCGCGCGGCCGACUGCCCGCGUCCCUGCUGCCUCUACAGUCCGGUAUUGGCAACAUUGCCAACGCCGUUAUUGGAGGUCUCUCCGAAUCCAACUUCAAGAACCUCAAGGUCUGGACCGAGGUCAUCCAGGACACCUUCCUCGACCUCUUCGAUUCUGGUCGCCUUGACUUUGCCACCGCUACGUCGAUCCGUUUCUCUCCCGAUGGUUUCCGCCGCUUCUACGACAACUGGGAGGACUACCACGGCAAACUCCUUCUCCGCAGCCAACAAGUGUCCAACUCGCCUGAAAUCAUCCGCCGCCUUGGUGUCAUUGGCAUGAACACCCCUGUCGAGGUCGACAUGUAUGCGCACGCCAACUCGACCUGCGUCAUGGGCAGCCGCAUGCUCAACGGUCUCGGAGGCAGCGCCGAUUUCCUCCGCAGUUCCAAGUACUCCAUCAUGCACACCCCCAGCACAAGGCCCUCCAAGACCGACCCCCACGGUGUCAGCUGCAUCGUGCCCAUGUGCACGCACGUCGAUCAGACGGAACACGACCUCGACGUCAUCGUCACGGAGAACGGUCUCGCCGACGUGCGUGGUCUCAGCCCCCGCGAGAGGGCGAGAGUCAUCAUCAAGAAGUGCGCCCACCCCGUAUACCAGCCCAUCCUGGAGCGCUACCUCGACAAGGCCGAGUUUGAGUGCCUCAAGAAGGGCUGGGGCCACGAGCCACACCUGCUGUUCAACAGCUUCGACAUGCACAAGGCGCUUCUAGAGGAGGGCAGCAUGCAGAAGGUCAAGAGCUUCUAA